UGUGCAGUACAGGAGCGUGUGGAGGUUCUUCACUCAGUCGCCGGAGCUAGCGCAGGACAGUGAGCUAGCUCUGGGUGGAUUAGAAGUUCUGGGUAGAACAGGAGCUCUGGGUGGAUCAGAAGUUCUGGUUAUUCUUGUACCAUCACCCCCACAGCUCACACAAUGAGGCUGAAAGUCGGAUUUCUCCUCCGGAGUUUGUUAGUCAUCGGUACAUUUUUGGGGCUGGUGCUGCUCUGGUCCUCUCUGUUUCCCAAACCCGGGGAUGAAACUCCCUUCGGCAAACUCGAAGUGAGAGACGCCCCGAACCUUCCUGACAACAACGGAGAUCAGUUCAAAGCCCCAAUGCCCUGGCCUCAUGUGGAAGGAGUGGAGGUGGACCUGGAGGCCAUUAGGCAGAGAAAUGAAGGAGACAAGCCCAAACCCAACCCCAAUUUCAGAGCUGAGGAUCAGCAGAACAUCAUUCAGAAGCAAUACGUCACGUUUAAACCCCACACAAACAUCUUCUCAGACCCGGUCCUGCGCAGAGGGAGCCUGGGCAACUUUGAACCCAGAGAUCCAGAACCCCAAGGGGUCCCCGGGGGUCCGGGAGAGGGCAGUAAGCCGUUUGUUCUGGGAGCCGAGUAUAAAGAUGCCGUGCAGGCCAGCAUCAGGGAGUUCGGAUUCAACAUGGUGGCCAGCGAUAUGAUCUCACUGGACAGGACCAUCGGCGACUUACGACAUGAAGAGUGUAAGUACUGGCACUACGACGAGAACCUGCUGACGUCGAGCGUGGUGAUCGUGUUCCAUAACGAGGGCUGGUCCACCCUGAUGAGGACCGUGCACAGCGUCAUCAAGAGGACGCCGCCCAAAUACCUCGCCGAGAUCGUCAUGAUCGACGACUUCAGCAACAAAGUUCACCUGAAGGAGAGGUUAGAGGAGUACAUUAAACAGUGGAAUGGCCUGGUCAAGCUGUUCCGCAAUGAAAAGAGAGAAGGGCUGAUACAAGCAAGGAGUAUAGGAGCACGGAAAGCCAGUCUGGGACAGGUGUUGAUCUACCUGGAUGCUCAUUGUGAAGUGGGGAUAAAUUGGUACGCUCCGCUUGUGGCCCCCAUAUCCAAAGACCGAACGGUCUGCACGGUGCCUCUGAUAGAUUACGUAGAUGGCAAUGAUUAUACGAUAGAGCCUCAGCAGGGAGGGGAUGAGGACGGCCUGGCGCGAGGAGCCUGGGACUGGAGCCUGCUGUGGAAAAGAGUUCCGCUCAACAGCAGGGAGAAGAAGAAGAGAAAGCAAAAGACCGAGCCUUAUCGGUCUCCUGCGAUGGCCGGUGGGCUGUUUGCUAUAGAACGAGAUUUCUUCUUCGAGUUGGGCCUCUAUGAUCCUGGUCUUCAGAUCUGGGGUGGAGAGAACUUUGAGAUAUCGUACAAGAUCUGGCAGUGCGGAGGGCAGCUACUGUUCACUCCCUGCUCUCGUGUAGGACACAUCUACCGUCUGCAGGGGUGGGCCGGAAACCCGCCCCCUGCUCAUGUCGGCUCCUCCCCCACACUUAAGAAUUACGUGCGGGUGGUGGAGGUGUGGUGGGACGAGUACAAAGAUUAUUUUUACGCCAGCCGCCCCGAGACGCUCACCCUGGCUUACGGAGACAUCGGCCCUCUGAAGAAGUUCAGGGAAGAGCAUCGCUGCAAGAGCUUCAAGUGGUUCAUGGAGGAGGUGGCUUACGACAUCCCCGUCCACUACCCACUGCCUCCGAAAAACGUGGAGUGGGGCGAGAUCCGUGGAUAUGAAACAAAUUACUGCAUUGACAGCAUGGGACACACCAACGGGGGGAACGUGGAGAUCGGACCGUGCCACAGGAUGGGGGGGAAUCAGCUGUUCCGAAUAAACGAAGCCAAUCAGCUGAUGCAGUAUGACCAGUGCCUGACAAAGGGCUCGGACAACUCCGUCAUCGUCACACACUGCAACCUGAGGGAAUACACCGAGUGGAAGUACUUCAAGGAUCUGCACCGGUUCACACACACCCCCACAGGAAGAUGCUUAGACCGCUCAGACGUUCUGCACACAGUCUUCAUCUCCGACUGCGAAAACAGCAAGAGCACCCAGAAAUGGGAAAUGAACAACAUCGUGGCUGUGUGAAUCCUGCCUCCGGGGGGCGCCGCACGCACAGGAUGAACUCUCGCUGACCUUUCUCCUGCACCAGGGGUUUAACGUUGUACAUACAGCCCACAGAAAACGUCUCCUAUUCCGACGUCAUCUCCAGUAACGAAGCCACGUUCUGAAAAUGCCAUCUUUAUUUUUAUAUGUAGGUAUUUUACUCCAUGGUGGAUGAUGUUUACAGGCGUCCCGUCUCGUACCGAGACGCCCAGACGUGAAGACGGCCGAUCUGUUACCACUGUUUUUAGUACCACGUCACUGCUCCAUUACACUCCUUCACUUCACACUUACCGAGAACCUUUUAAACUCGACACUGGGCAUUUUUUAUUAUUUUUAGUUUUUUUUUUUUCUUUUUCUUUCUCCAGAAACUCGUCCAGUUUUCUUCCUUUUUUAAAAAAAAAAACAACUUUAAAUCCGCCAGCUGCUUUUUUUAAAUUUUUGUAGUGGUGAAAUUCGGGGGUGAUAAAUAGAUAAAUAUAUAUAUAAUGAGGAAAGGGCUGACAAGGCAGAGGGAAACCUUGAAACUAUUUAUUUACAUUUUAAUUAUUGCUUGGAAACAGGAACGAUUACUAAUAAUGAGGAAUGUGAAUUCUUUCAAUUUGAAGUUUUUUUUUUUUUUUUUUGGAGAAUCACUGGAUGAACAGCGUGGACGGUGAAAUUCUUGUCCCACGUGCAAACCAGUACGCACCGUGUAUGCUAUUUUUUGUACAAUGUAAAUACGAGCGUUUUUUCUUAAACGGACAUUUCGAGUUGCAGUUGGCUUCGCAAUGAAGGUGUAAUGAAGGUGUUUUCUCAAGAGAAUAAAUCGAGACAUUUUUACCACUCGUCCUGUGAACAGACGAUCUCGGACUCGGAUUCUAAGGACGUGGGAAUCGGUGUUGGGAAGAUCGAAAUCACUUUAGUCACAUGAUUCUUUGAAUCUCGUUAACCAAAACGAAUGAAUCUUUUAGAUCAUUUUGUUCCUUUGAUCAGAAAUCAAAUAAAAAUUUCAAUUUUCAAUAAACGGAUCCUCCAACA